AUGGCUACGGGUUCUGUGACGCCCGGACCUCCACUUUUGCAUGAUGGUGAGAGAGGUUCAGCUUUGUUGCUAGAAGCCAGGGCACUCAACCCUGACACUUUUCUAUACACUGAAUUGUCCAAAGCUCAUCUCGGUGAAAGAGCGACAGAAAUUUUAAGACUUUUGAUUGCAAAAGGCAGAUUAAGCGCGAGAGAACUUUGCGAACUCUCAGAAUUGGAUUUGAAGGGUGUCAAAAUUGCUUUAGUUUCACUUAUACAGCUGAGAUGCGUUCGGUUUCUCGAAGAAACUGCUUUGUCCGGUCGUAAGACAACCUAUUAUUAUUUUCACGAGGUGGGACUUUUUUUGAUGCUGUAUGCUGGGGAAAUCGUGGAAGCUAUAGGCUCGAAGUUUCAGUCUGAUCUGGCAGCUCGAAUCGUGCAAAACGUGCUAGCACUUGGCUCGUUAACAGUCAAGAAUUACCUUGAGAGCGGCCAAUCCGAGGCCGGCACAUCAGAGAUUUCUUCAGAGUUCGUGAGGCUCUGCGAGACUGGAUUUUUGGUCCCAGUAAGGCCACAUGACAAUACCACGGAGAUUGAUCUAUGGACGAAGCUUUACAAGAAGGAAUAUAACAACAUUCCCAAAACUUCGACGCUUUCUGACUUGAAAAAGAGGACUGAAGCCAGGCAUAAGGCCAAGGAACAGUUCACCAAACUAUAUCAAUCACCUGAUCUAUCCAAGAUCAUAACUAUCAACAAUAGAACCUCUCUUAGGGAGGUCAUAGACACUGUGCCUUUGUCGUUCAACUUAUCCCGCUACCUCAAGACCAAGAGAUCAACACACCUUUUCCACUUCGCUUCGUCGAGGGUAGGCAAAAUUCCAGCGACGAUAUACGAAUAUGCGCUUCAUAUAACAGAGCGCAGCUCUCCUGAGGUUUUACAUCCGUUGGCCAAAACGGGAUUAUUCCAAGAUCUUGAUGAGCUCAAUGCUUUCAAAGAGGAGCAGAUCUUGCUUGAGGAAAAGACUCCAGGUGUAACUUUCAACGCCAUUGACCUCUCGAAACACCUUCCUCAAUCGUUAGAUCUUCGCGGAACGCUACUAACCCAGAAGCUUCUUAAAAGAUCCAAGUCUUCACCUAAUGAAACGAGACAUAACAAAAAAAUCAAAACGGAAGAUGGCUUUGUUGUUCCCCAACUUCCGAUGGGAGCCACCGAAAAUGCGGGACAAGUUGACGACCACAUUACUGAUGAGGAUGAGGACGCCAGCGAUGCUCGUGGUAUUGACCUAAUAAAUGCUCAUUUGAAAUUACUUGCCUCAUCCAAAAUUCCUUUUCUGCAGGAAGCUCAACCUGGCCUCUACUAUGUCCCAUAUUCUGCCUUAAUUCCCCGUCUCAAGAGCUUUACCUAUGAUACAAUAUUGAGUUCCACCUUAGGUCCUUCUUUUUCUAGAGUGCUGCGCUGCGUAAAAGAACACAAAUUAACGACCGAGAAAAUGAUAAAUUCAAUGGUUUUAAUGAAGGAAAAAGACAUUCGCUCCGUCAUUGCAACUUUAAUCAAGUACAAUGCUGUUGAAAUUCAGGAAGUUCCCCGUACAGUGGAUAGGGCAGCUUCAAGAUCUGUUUUUCUCUUUAGACAUAAUGAAAAACAUGCCUUUGACAUGAUGAAGCAUAACCUUACUUGGAAUAUGGCUAACUUGAUUCGCAAAACGGAAGAGUUGAAGACCGAUAACGCGACGUUGUUAACAAAAGCCAACAGAGAGGAUGUCAAGGGUAAAGAAAGAGAACUACUUUUGCCGAGCGAGAUUAAUCAAUUGAAGAUGGUCAAUGAAGGCGAGCUCAAUGGUUUGACAAGAAGAAUAAGAAUUGUCUCGAUCUGGGAAAUAUUCGAAUUUUACUGA